CUUCGGCUCUACUGUGAAGUCUGUGAUACCUUUCAGCUUGAUUUGCUUUUAUAUCUUUGUGCUAUGAAAGAAGUACAAGAACUUGAUAUUUUUACUGGAUACGGAACCCGGAAGUGUCCAGUUUAUUGUGGUGUACCCACUCACGAUGACACAUUUAUACAGGGUGUGAAUAGUCUGGUUAAGUUGCAACCCUUGGCAGGCUUUUCGAAUCUCAAAACCCUAAAUUUGGUUGGAGUCCAGUUUGAUGAUUCUGAUAUAGUUGAGAAUGUAUUCGGCAAUUGUGGUGUUCUUGAGACUUUAUCGCUGGAAUAUUGUUGUUUUGCGACAAUAGACUAUCUCAAGAUUUCAGCCAAUAAGCUUAGGACUUUCAACUUUGUAAACAAUGGCCCUUAUUGGUGGGGAUAUACGUGCAUGUUCGACGGUGAGCUGGAACUGCAUACCCCGAACCUUGUAUCUUUCUGGUAUACUGGGCCAGUGCUACAGAUUUGUCAAUCCUCGGAUAUGCUAUUUUUGAAGAAUGCCUCCAUUGAGUUCCGAUAUCAAAAUAAACCAGGGGACUUAGGUGCUAUGGUUUUAGUUAUUCGUCAUGUCCAAGAAUUAUCAGUGUCACCAAAUUUUGUCCUGUACUACUCUCCUGCAUUUGAAAAAUAUGCUGGCGACUUCAGUCCUCUAGACAGUCUGAGGUGCUUGAAGGUUUGUAUGGAAUUCACAGGGGACCAUAUGGAGGGUCUAAUAAAGCUACUCCAGCUUUCUCAUAAUUUUGAAGCUCUAUGUAUCCGAUUCACUGAGCACCCCGGGAUAAUCAGUUGGGAGUCCAGGAAAAUUGAUGUCCCAGGGUUGAUGAUAUUGCACAAGCUGAAAGAUAUUCAGAUUUUUACGUGGGGCAACCUGGAGAACUUGUUAGAGCUUAUCAGAUUCUUCCUUGAGAAUGGAAAAUCUUUAGAGAAGAUAAACAUCACGCAAAAGGAAAAUAUGCUGGAUCCGGAGUUCUACACAUUGCACAACGUUCAGUUAGCAUGUGAAUCAGUUUCUAUAUCCAUCGGUUUAGCUUCUGCUUCUGGAACAAUCAAGAUGUUUGACUAUUCAUUCUGGAAAUGUGGUUGGGGUACUUCUGGUCAAUCUAUCCAAUAUAGCCGGGUUGAAGUUUAUGGUCGUUGAUUGUGCUUUUGCUGAGAAGCAUUAUGCUGAUUUAUCUGCAAAGCCCUUCUUCAAUGGCUACUUUGAGUACAUUGUCUCGGGCCCUGUUGUUGCCAUUGUGUGGGAGGGCAAGAAUG